ACGAGCUUGAUAUAUUUUAUGAACACACAAUGUCCAAACUGCAAAUUUUAAGCAUUGUUCUGACAGAGCGAUUAACUUUAGCUGCGCAGGAGAUAUUCAAGGCUGUGGAAGACAUAUUUUCAGAGUAUAAUGAGGAGAUGUGUCGCUCCAGACAGGAGAUUGAGCUGCUCAAGAGGAGACUGCAGCAGGCAGGAGUUCAGAUGGACUCUGAAUUGCAGCCCUGCUCCUCUGAGACUCACACUCAGAAAUACACCCAGGCAUUUUCUGAGGAAUGGAGAUCUGAACAUGACUUGAAGGAUACAGAAAUGCAUAUGAAGCUAGAAGUUUAUACACAGCAGGAGGAGAAUGAAUUGCAAAUACCUGUGUGCCACGAAUCAGCAUCUUUAACACCAUGUAUGGACAUUUAUCAUGAUCAGAUGCCCAGCAAAGACACUGAAACACAAAUGAUGGACAGCAGCGAGAAUACUUUUCCAUUUAUUAAUCAAGCACCUCAAAUUAAGAAUGAACCUGAGACUAAUACUGAAACAGGUACCACCUGUCAGGCACAGCAGCACAUCACAAGACAUGUCUUGGAUGAUUCAGGGGCCAGUGAUGCAUCCAGUGAUGUCAGCAAAAUCAAAGUUAGCCACAUUAGCCCCAGACAUAAGACCCAAGCAUUUAACCUGCCCCUGAGAAAUCAAGAGAUGUUGACGCAGCAUAGGAUGGAGCUGGCUCAGAUAAGAGAGAGAAUGUCUUUGACAAUCCAGCUCCGUAACUCUGGGCGUAAAAGUCAACCGUUUGUCUGUCAGGAUGAAGUGUCAAAAUAUGACAAGUGGAAAGCCAAAAAUGCGAGAUACAGUCAGGCCUGGAGGGAUCGUUUGAAAAAAGAUCCUGUAAAAUUUGCUGAGUUCAAAGCUUUGGAAGCUGCCAGAGCAAAGGAGUAUAGAAGAAAGAGGGCUGCUGCUUCUAUAGAAAUUGAUAAGGAAAAUAAUCGUGAGCGACAGAGAAGAUUCAGAGCCAAAAAGAAAUUAGAGUGUAGAAGAACAGAUGAAAAACAGUGUAAAGCUGAUAAAGAGCCUCCGCCACCUAAGAAAAGAGAAUUCUUAACAAGAAACGAGAGGAUGAAGAAACGAGAGUAUGAUAGGAUAAAGAAAAGAGAGGAGAGGGAGAGGAUGGGAGAACUGAAGAAAAGACUAAUUCGUGAAAGAGAUGCGUCCCGAAAGAGGGAAAAAAGAAACAAGACAAAAAAGCGAACUGACACUCCACAAACAAAUGUUGGCUCUCCAAGUAGUACAGCUGGAUCUACAGGCUUUAGAACUAAAUCGGCAAAACAAAUGGCAGUGUCACGGAUGUGCAAAAAAAUUCCGGCUGAUGCAGAAAAAUUUGCGGACAUUGUAUUGGACUUCAUCCAUCGCUGUACUCCUCGUAAGCAAGCAGCUUUAAAAGCCAGAGGUCUGAAAACAGCUUGUCGACGAAUAGAUUUUGAUGAGCCAUCUCAAGAAAAACUUCGAUCCACGAUUGAAGCUCUAAAGAAGAAGAAGGAUGCUGCAUCCUUGGAGAAGAGGCGCCUGAUUGUCACUAGUUUGAUGGUUGCCAAAAAGUACAGAAUGCAACAUAUUGUUGCAAGGCGCUUUAACCUCCGUCCAGCAUAUCUCACCAAUUUACCAAAUUCCUCAUCCAAUGAAGGUUUACAUAAAAAACCCAAGUCUGAUGCCACUUGCAUGGAUGUUGUGAACAAUAUAACUGCUUUCUAUCGUAAUCCUAAGGUAGCACGAGAACUUCCUUACAUGAGGACUGUAAAGAAACAAGAACAAAGAUUCCUCAUGGAGAUCUCUCUACAGGAAGCCUAUGAACUUUGGAAGCUGGAAAAUCCAGAAAAGAAUAUUGUGUCCUUUCCGGUUUUCUCAUUGGUUCGACCUUCAUGUGUUCUUCUUCAGCGUCGGACAGACAGAAACCAGUGUCUCUGUGAAUAUUGUACUGGAGUUUUACUGAAGGUUCAGAGCCUGAACAGAAUUCUCACUGCUACUAACAAUGCGGAGUGUAUAAAACUCAAGAUCAAAAACAAAUAUGAACUUAUCAGUUUUUCUCUGUGUCCCAAAAGUGGCAACAGCAAGUACCAUAAUCUAAAGUGCAUUAACAGAACCUGCUCUGACUGUGGUGUAUCGCUACUCAAAGAAAAGUUAAAAAUGGUAGUAGAUUUGUAUGGCAAACAAGAAGUGUCCUGGCAAAAUUGGGAGAGUAAGGCUUUCAACCACGAUGGUAAACAAAAGACCAGGAAGUUUCAAUCAACUAAGUGUGGCACAUUCAAGACGAUGUUUGACGAGUUAUUGCGCGAAACAGACUUUUUGGCUAAACAUUUGUUUACAGCCAACUGGCAGCAUGAACAGUUUUCCCUUAUCCGGGAAAAGUUGCCUAACACUUGGUCGCUGUUCAUCAUGGAUUUUGCCGAAAAUUACUCGUGCAUAUCCCAAGACGAAAUACAGCCGGCACAUUGGUCCACACAGCAGAUAACCGUUCACCCGAUUAUUUGUUACUACAAGUGUCCCACAGAGGGUCAUGAAUACACCAUCCAGGAAGCCUUGGUUUUUGUCUCUGAUGACCUCAACCAUGAUACCAAUGCCGUUCAUCACUUCGAAACUCUGGCUAUAAAGCACCUAAAAGAAAAGCGAGGACUGAAGUUAGAGCAUGUAGUUGAAUUCACAAAUGGUUGUGGCGCACAAUACAAGUCAAUGGUGGCAUUUGCUGACAUUAGCAACUCCAAGGCUUCACAUGGUUUGUCUGUUGAAAGAUGUUACUUUGGAUCCCACCACAGCAAGGGGCCCAGUGAUGGUGUCUCUGGGUUUGUAAAAUCAUCUGUUCAACGUGCUGUCCAGUCACAUAGGAUCACUAUCAAAAAUGCAGAGGAGAUGUAUAAUUUCUGCAAUCUAAAUUUGACAAAAGAUGACUGUGAUAGGCAACUCCGUACAUUUUACCUGAUUAAACAAGGUGAAAUUCAGCGUGACCGUCCUAUAACACAAGUGAAGUCUGCCCUUGCUGGAACUCGUGUUCUCCAUUCUGUACGUUGUGUUUCUACUGGGGUCCUGGAUACUCGUGUGUAUUCGUGCUUCUGUGAUGGCUGUAUGAAUGUUGAUGAUGGAAGCCAGUGUUCCAACUCAAAUUAUGUCUUUUCCUGGCAACGACGUACCUUGAACACAGAUGCUGAAAUAGUUGAUUUAUACCAGCCUGUGACUGAAGAUGAGAACACCGUACCUGAUAAUUCUGCUACAAGUACAAGUGAAUAUGACCAACAUCCUGGUGAACAAAUAGAAGAUCUCUGGAUGAAACUUACUAACCCAGAACUUCCAACUGAUGACUUGGUAAUGGAUCUAUUUCAAGAAGAUAAGGGACGAGAAACAAGUAAUUAAACAAGCAAUGAAAGGCCUAUUGAAGUGCAGGAUUUGCAGAUGGAAUUUCUUAGGGAAUAUGUCCACCUGUCCACCCAAGUGGAGUUCUUGAACCUUACUGACAGAGGAGUCCGGAUGAAGAUGGAGCGCGUGGAGUCAGCAAUUUGUUUUCCUGGCCCAAGAAUCCUGAUGUUGACUUAGGGGAUACAGUCCAUAUAUUUCAUGGACCUGUAAACUUGAUUAGACACCAUCCAUUCUCUGUUGAUGAAGAGGAGUUUAAAAACAGACAAUAAAAA